AUGAAGAAACAUCGAAUCAAAAUUGAUGACACGGGCGAUGACUAUCAUAUGAAAUAUUACAUGUCAAUGUUUAACAUUUCAGACAAAUCUUUCUAUACAUCAUCAUUUUAUGGCUUUCCUUUAUCAAACAUUUCUAUUGAUCGAUUAUUAAGUGAAAACUUUGAACAUCUUCCAGAAUGUCGAGGUAAAGUUGAAAACAGGAUUGACAACAUCAUUGUUUGGCAUUCAGGACGACAAAAUUUAGAAACUAUUUUUUAUGGUUCCAAAUUCAAGAAAAUUAUCAAUCCACACAUCUACAUCUACCAAAACAAACAAUUAACUUCUGAUUUAUGCUUUGACUCUAACACUUCACUCAUUCCACAUUGGCUUGAAGAUUGA